CGCUGACGUGUAGUUGCAAAAUAAAGAUAGCAUACAUAACCUUAAAAUUAAUAAAAUGUCAAAAAAAAUUCGACAAAGUAUUUUUAUUAUUUUUGCGUUUAUUUUCGCAUUAAUAAACAAUGUUUAUUCAAAUGAAUCUGAAGAAUUAUCAACAGAUUUAUAUGUUAUUGAGGGAAAAGUGUUUCCAUGGGAAAAUGCUGGUAAUUCAGGUUGGCAAUUAAUGACACACGUCAUGGCAAACGGAGGUGAAAAUUAUGGAUUUUUAAGAGAGGAUGGAACAUUUAUUAUUUCAAACGUUCCAUCGGGUUCGUAUGUUAUUGAAGUUGUAAAUCCAAAUUAUUUAUAUGAACCAGUACGCGUUGAAAUUAAUUCAAAGGGCAAAUUUCGUGCCCGAAAGGUAAAUUUAAUUCAAACAUCGCAAGUUAUUCAAGUGCCAUAUCCAUUGAAAAUGCGAUCAAUUUCGCCAUUUAAAUAUUUCCAAGUACGCGAAGAAUGGAGAGUCACUGAUUUUCUCUUCAAUCCAAUGGUUCUCAUGAUGAUUUUACCAUUAAUUUUAAUAAUGAUUCUCCCGAAAAUAAUGAACGAUCCAGAAACAAGAAAGGAAAUGGAACAAUUAAAUAAUUUGACAAUUUACAAUUUACCUGAAGUAUCAGAAGUUUUAACGACUUAUCUCUCAGGUGGUGAGAAACAAAAAACAAAAGCCGUAAAAGCGGCUAAAAAACGUCAAUGAUAAUUUCGCAAAUUAGAAAUAUUUUGCGAUUCUAGUCUUUAAAAUGUAUUUUUUCCAUUUAUUAUUUUUUUUUCCUUUUUUUUUUGUUACAUUCUCUAAAAUAAUUCAUAACCGAGGAAUUUUCAUUUUCUUUUCUUUUUUCGUAUCUCUUUUUCCUUAAAUAAUUUAUAGUCGAAUUUUACAUUAACGGUAAAAUUUAAUCAACAAUUGACCAAAAAAAAAACAAAAAAAAAUGUAAAUAUUGUCGGUAGAUAGAAUUUUACACGCGAAUUUCCUUGUUUUUCUCUUUCUUUUUUGUUAUCUAUUUUUUAUUCUUUCGAUUUAUUUUUAGAUUUUUUUUCUGUGGAAAAUUUAAUAAUUAAAUGUAUUUAGUAAAUUUACUGAUUUAUUUUCUCAAAAAAGAAAAAAUCAUUUAAAUGGCAUUUUUUAGCGAAUUAAUUCCAUAAUAAUAAUUAUUUUGGUAAGUAGGAAAAGAUCUCAUUUGGGGUGUUUUGAUUUUUUUUUUUUUUUUUAGUCCAUUAUUCCUGUUUGACUUUUAAAAAUUGUUCGCAAUUUCAAUGAAUUUGUAUUAUUUAAGUAAUUUGAAAAAAAUUUCUAUCACCUACGAAAAAUGUAUUUCGAAUUAAUUUAAACAGAUUUUGCAAAUUUGUUAAUAAAUUGUUAAUAAUAAAAAAUAAUAAGUUUUUACAGGA